GCAGCUGUCUCUCCAGUUUGAAUGAAAAUAAUAGCGUCAAAUUAAACAUAAAGAAUUGUGAAACUUCCCUUUUUUAAAAUUAUUAUACAAAUUUUUAGUUUCCUUGGGAAAAUAAUACAAUCAUGUUAAUUAAGAAUAUUUUAUUCAUUUUCGGAAUGAUUUCUGCAGUCAAAGGUGCAUCCAUCAUACAGAGACGAGAUGCUUUUGAUCCCGAGAAACUUAUGGAUCGCUACAUGGAUAUGAGAACAAAUCAAGGACUCUUUGGUUCCUACCACCCAAACGACCUCGUGCAGUCAAUAAUUGACUUUUUCAGUCAAGGGGAUAAGCAACCAACAACUGAUAAUCAAUGGGGAUUGUAUGUAUACAAUCCAAGUGAUAAGAUGACGCAGUAUAUGGGAAACCUGAAGUCUCCCGGAAACUUGGGACCGCAGAUGGGCGGCGAAAAUGGGGGCAAACAAGAAGCUAGCAACUCGAAUGGCGGCUUUGCAUUUAAUCCAAACGCAUUAAACAGCAAACUUCUAAAUGAUGCAUUAACUAAAGGGUCCGAGUUCUCUAACUUUAAACAACAGCAUGCGGUCCAAACUAUGGCAGGAGCUAAAGGCAAUAUGGGGUUUGAUCCCGAUACACUGAAUCAGAAUAUGCUUGAAAAUGCAUUGAAGAAAGGCUCGGGUAAUAAUGCCGGUAACAUAAAGACAACAACAGCGCCCUCAGACAAAAAUACAACCGAUAAAAGCAGGCAAACAUCCAACCAAGCUUAUGGUAGUCAAAUGCUCGGAUUCAAUCCAGAUACACUGAACGCUGGAUUACUGAAGUCAAUAAAUUCACAAACCACAGAUAAUGGCGGUGUUCUGCAAUCUGCAGAAGGGAAUACAAAUGCUAAAAUGCUCGGAUUCAACCCUGAUCAAGUGAAUGCGAACCUCAUAAGUUCGUUGGAUUAUAAUCCAAACGCAGCUACAGCUAAUGCCAAUAAUGCAAUGUCCGGUGAAACAGUUCAAGGAGCAGGAACUGACGUACAUCAUCAUUCGAACCAAGGAUCGGGUCAGAUAAAUGGAAAAGCGACAGCAAACAGUAACAUUGGAUCAACCGGUAAUGGUAACAAUCGUGCAAUACAAACAACCGGAAACCAAAGACACCAUGCUCUAAACGAGGCAAGUAAUCCAUUUCAAACCAACAUAGAAAGUGGAAGAAGCUCAAUGACGAGUAUGUUUAGUGUCAAUAAAAAUGGCGUCAUGCCAGCUUCCGGUGAAGUAUCUAGCUUUAAAGCUGGAGGAAUGGGGAUUCAAGGGUACGGUAAUCAGAAUCCGGGUGCUCCGCCUGGUGUGCCGGUGGGAUCCGAAUUGAAACAAACGGAAACAGCUCCAGCUGAAGUCCAUGGAAUUAGUCCACUAAUUUAAUUAUUUCUUGUUGACUGGACCAAAUAAAUUAACAUGGUUAAUGAAUUCAUUUUAAACAAAAGGUUUAGUUUCUAAAUGACUGCGAAUGUGAACUAUUGUGAAGUUAUAUAUUUAUAGACAAUAUAUUGGAAAACCAUCCAUUUUAUAAACAAGUCAAAACAUAUAUUGUAAAGAUUUUCAACAUAUUCAUAAACUUGUGUUUAUUACUUUUACAUGGACAGAUGAUGAAUAAAUUUAGUCAGAUUAAUAAACAU